AUGCCGUCCUCAUCACUCUUUCUGAGGUCGAGCACCACGCUCAUUUCUGCUUUGUCUUUGCUUUCAGCGUCCGUUUCGGCGGCGCCAGCUAAUACCUACUACGCGUUGGAUACUGAAUAUUCUGGCACCUCCUUCUUCGACGGUUUCAACUUCCAGAACACCGCCGAUUACAGCCAUGGUUUCGUCACCUACGGAGAUCGAAGCUUUUCUGAAUCGAACGGCCUUAUCUCUUACGAUGGGGGCUCGGUGCAGAUGAGAGUGGAUUCCACACACACCUACGAUGGAAAUGCGGAUUAUUAUUUGAUUAAUGGCGUUGGACGACCGAGUGUGCGCAUUCAAAGUGCUAAAUCAUGGACGCACGGUCUGUUCAUCGCCGAUAUCAAGCACAUCCCUACUACCACGACAACCGGUGGAUGUAGUGUGUGGCCCGCUUACUGGACUCUGGGUAACGGAGAAUGGCCUUACACUGGCGAAAUCGACAUCAUCGAGGGCGCAAACAACCAGGUGGUCAAUUUGGGAUCGGCCCAUACUGGCUACCAAUGCACUAUUCAACAGAGCCCUUCUCAGAUGACCGGAACCCCAGGAGGUAAUAAUUGCGACUACUUUCUGGGCAAUAAUCAGUAUAAUGGUGUUGGUUGCGGUGCUUAUGACACCCGCUCGACCAGCUGGGGCGCUGGCUUCAACUCUAUCGGCGGUGGUGUGUAUGCUACGGAAUGGACGUCGGAUGCCAUCUCGAUCUGGUUUUUCCCGCGAGGAAGCAUUCCAUCUGACAUAACUGCUGGCACUCCUGAUCCAAGUGGCUGGGGUCUGCCAUUCACAAUCUUCAACGGUCCAAGCUGCAACAUUGAUGCCAACUUCGUCGACCACAGCAUUGUUUUCGAUACCACGUUCUGCGGUGACUGGGCUGGUGCUACGUGGAACAGCAGCGGAUGUGGUGCAUCCUAUGGAGGCUCCUGCUCGGUCUUUGUCGGCGACAACCCAAGCCAGUUCGUUGACGCAUACUGGGACAUCAACUAUGUCAAAGUCUUCAAGACCCAGGCUGUGACGACGAGCACAACAUCGUCCACGACGUCGACGACUUCCACCACAACGUCCGCGACGUCCACGAUUUCCACCACAACGACAACCACGGCCGGUACCACCAGUGCCACCAGUAUCACCACUAGUGCUAUUCCUUCAAGCACUUCAAGCAGCACUAGCAGCCCAGCUCCUGUCAGCACCACCACCGAAACGACGACGACCACUGCCGCCGGUACCACGACCUUGACCACGACCACGACCACAAGCAACGGCGUCGGACCAAUCAGCCAAACAACUACGACCACGGUCUCGUCAUGGAGCUUCUUCCCAAACAUCUCUACGACAACGACAACUUGGAGCUUCAGCGUCGGCCCGAUUAGCGGAAGCACCACGACGACGGUAUCGCCCGUGUCGACCGGCAGCGCCACAUGGCUUGACUGGGUUGACUCGACGACGACGACAAGCACGCCCGUCACAUACUCGACGACGACGGCAGCAGCUGAUUCCACGUGGCUUGACUGGCCCGAGACCAGCAGCACGACGACGACGACGUCUUCCUCUGUCGACCCGACCUGGCUUGAUUGGACAGCAUCGACGACGACGACGACGACGUCCUCGCCCGCGAAGAAACCCACGACCACCACGUCGCUCCCAGCCACAUGGGCAGACUGGGACCCAGUCACCAUCACGCUGACGCAGACAUGGAUCGAGCCCUGCGCAACGGGAUACGUCACGAAGACGACCACGCUGGUCACGACGCACUGUGGAUGCACCGAGACCCCCGUGCCGACCAUCCCCGGCAAGACCAUCACCAUCACCCCCAGCUCCGGAUGGCCGGUAAAGACGCCCGUUGUGGUGACCGUGCCAGCCGGCUCGACUUCAGCCGUCCCGGCGAAACCGAAACCUUCCGAACCCGCGGGUUCCAUGGUCACCGUCACUGGCCCGGCAGCCGAAACAGGAGCAGCCGCAGGAUGGGGCAAUGGUGGUGGUGGCGGCGCACCGCCAUCUCCCAGCGCGACCGUGGCCGUGACCCUGACCGUCGAAGCGGUACCGUCUGGACCAACCCCGGUCGCUCCGGCCGGUCACACUACCGGCGGCGUCUGGUCUCCCGAGUCGUCGACCACCCAGACGAUGCCCUGGGUGGCAACGUACACCGGCGCGGCUGGCCGGUCGAGCGUCGUGAAUAGUGCGUUUGGCGUCCUCGCGAUUGCAGGAGCGGCGGGUUUGGCCAUGGUUGCUUGA